UUCAUUGCUGCCGCCCUCUGCUUCGCAAAUCCUGCUCUCCACUUCAACGACGCUGUCCGCCAUGGCGCCCAAGGCCAACAAGAAGCCAGCGGAGAAGGUGGCCGCGGCCGAGAAGCCGGCGGAGGACAAGGAGAAGAAGGCCGAGAAGGCCCCCGCGGAAAAGAAACCCAAGGCCGAGAAGCGCCUCCCCUCCAAGGACGGUUCUUCCGCCGGCAAGAAGAGUAAGAAAGCAAAGAGAGCGACAGAGACCUACAAAAUCUACAUCUUCAAGGUACUCAAGCAGGUGCACCCGGACAUCGGCAUCUCCAGUAAGGCCAUGUCGAUUAUGAACUCCUUCAUCAACGACAUCUUCGAGAAGCUCGCCCAGGAAGCCUCCCGCCUCGCUCGCUACAACAAGAAGCCCACGAUCACCUCCCGCGAGAUCCAGACGUCGGUCCGGUUAGUGCUUCCAGGAGAGCUCGCGAAGCACGCCGUCUCCGAGGGGACUAAGGCGGUGACCAAGUUCACGAGUUCUUAAGUGCCGGUGCCUGAUGUGACGCCGUUAUAUUAGGGUUAGAGUGAUAUGCUCUGUUCAUGUACCACUGCCUUUCUGAGUUUUUUAGUUUAUAAUAAUAAUAUAUAUUUAUUAUUAUAUUUACGAUGCUUUAA